AUGACCGACACCAACACCAACACCGCCCCUGACACCCAAGCGGCUGAAUCCCCUUUUGGCCCCCCCAUCCGUUACAUCACCACCCAUGACCCCGCCACCGGCAAAUCCGUCUUCACCACCGCCCUCCCCACCGAGGUCCCCGGAUUCAGCAUGCCCGGCCUGGCCAUAUUCGACGCCUAUAAAACCCUCACCAGCCCGGUCAGCCUCAACGACGAAGCCGACCUAGCCGCCCUCCAACCCCAACCCCCGUCCACCUCAUCAUCUCACCCACCUCCCCCAAACACCACCACCACCGCCACCCCCUCCUCACUCCCCAACCCCAACAACACCACCACCACCCCCACUGAACCCGCCAUCUGGUUCCCCACAUCCCACCCACACACCCAAACCCUCCUCCGCUACUGCGACUUCCCCCCCGGCGCCUCCUCCCCUUUGCACCGCACCGAGACCCUCGACAUGGGCGUGGUGGUGGCCGGGCAGGCGGAAGUGCGACUGGAUUCGGGGGAGGCAAGGACGCUGCGGGUGGGGGAUAGCAUUAUCCAGAGGGGGACCAUGCAUGCGUGGCGGAAUGUGAGUGAACGCGAGUGGGUAAGGUUGGUGGUGUUUUUGGUGGGGGUGGACGAGGUGAGGGUGGGGGGGUGA